CGGAGCGGGGUCCUCGGCAGGCGGGGUGAGGUCACUCUUUGUGGCUGCAGUUGGCAAGAUGGCGCCGGUGCUGGUGGAGAAGAAGCUGCUGGGGCCGGAGGGGCCCGGCGGCGCCGAGCUCCCCAGCGAGGAGGAGGAGGGGCAGAACCUCUGGUCUUCAAUACUGAGCGAGGUUUCCACCCGGUCAAGAUCUAAAUUGCCAUCGGGCAAGAAUAUUCUUGUCUUUGGUGAUGAUGGUUCAGGUAAAACCACGCUUAUGGCUAAAAUACAGGGAGCAGAGCAUGGCAAGAAAGGAAGAGGGCUGGAAUACUUGUAUCUAAAUAUUCACGAUGAAGACAGAGAUGAUCAUACUCGCUGCAACGUUUGGAUUCUGGAUGGAGACUUAUACCAUAAAGGGCUAUUGAAGUUUGCAGUUUCUGCAGAAUCCUUGCAAGAUACCAUUGUAGUCUUUGUUGCAGAUAUGUCUAGACCUUGGACUGUUAUGGAGUCUUUACAGAAAUGGGCCAGUGUCUUGCAAGAACAUAUUGAUAAGAUGAAAAUUCCUCCAGAAGAGAUGAGAGACAUGGAACAGAAGUUUAUAAAGGAGUUUCAAGAGUAUGUAGAACCUGAAGAAGGCUACCAAGGAUCACCACAGAGAAGAGGCCCUUCUUCUGGCCAGGAGGAUGAACAUGUUUCUUUGCCACUUGGAGAAAAUGUGCUGACUCACAACCUUGGUAUUCCUGUGCUGGUAGUUUGUACAAAAUGUGAUGCAGUGAGCAUACUAGAGAAGGAGCAUGAUUACAGAGAAGAACACUUCGACUUCAUUCAGUCACACAUUCGUAGAUUCUGCUUACAGUAUGGGGCUGCCUUGAUUUAUACAUCAGUUAAGGAGGAAAAGAACCUUGAUCUGUUGUAUAAGUACAUUGUACAUAAAACAUACGGUUUUCAGUUUACCACACCUGCCUUAGUGGUAGAAAAGGAUGCAGUUUUUAUACCUGCUGGUUGGGACAAUGAAAAGAAAAUUGCCAUUUUACAUGAAAACUUCACAACAGUGAAACCAGAAGAUGCAUAUGAAGACUUCAUUGUAAAACCUCCUGUAAGAAAGUUAGUCCAUGAUAAAGAGCUGGCAGCAGAAGAUGAACAAGUAUUCCUUAUGAAGCAGCAGUCAUUCCUUGCCAAACAGCCAGCAACGCCUACAAGAGCAUCAGAAUCUCCUGCAAGAGGCCCUGCAGGGUCCCCAAGAACUCAAGGCAGAGCUGGUCCCACCAAUGUACCCAGUGCCUCGCCAAUAACAUCAGUUAAGAAACCAGAUCCAAAUAUUAAAAAUAAUGCUGCAAGUGAAGGUGUCUUGGCUAGUUUCUUUAACAGUCUCUUGAGCAAAAAGACUGGCUCUCCUGGGAGUCCUGGUGCUGGAGCAGUGCAAAGUACAGCCAAGAAAUCAGGGUUUAGAGUUUAACUCCCAGGUACCAUUAGUCUACGUGUAAAGUGGUUUGUAUGGACAAAAAACAGUUUUGACAAAUGUUCAAGAGGAAUUGGAUAGGAUGACUCGCAAGCCAGACUCUAUGGUAACAACAAACUCUCCUCCAACAGAGAACGAAGCUUGAUAGCGCAUUAAAAAAUGUAUCUGUAAAUGACCAAAUAACUAUGUAUAUUGAUCUGAUAAGACCAGGAAUUUUCUGCUAUGGCAGAUGCUAUCAGUUUUCUUGGGGCAGGGGAAAUGAGCUAAUUACAUCAUUGCCUUGUCCCAGUAAAAAGUGCACAUUCAGGAAGUUUGCAUAUAAAAUCCCUCUGUAUAAGAUAACCAUUUAGAGUUUAUAUAGGGCAAUUCUUUUGGUUUUGGAGGUAAGCAGGUGCAGCUGCAUUUCCUGUUGUGAAGAACAGAGAGAAGCAAAAGGGAGAAUUCUUAUUAAAAUACUACUACUGACUGCACACAAGGCAAGAAAGAGAAAUUAAAUCCUCUUUCAGAGUUACUGGAAUUGGCUACUUGUAUGUUUGCAAAUGCAUUAUAUUCUUGGAAAGGUGGUGGUGGUGGUGGUGUAACAGAGCAUUAAUUAGGUGAAAGAAGCCUAGGUAGGGAAUGGAGCUCUAAAAGGGAAAACAGAUUUGGGACAGUAGGAAACUAGAAUGUCGGAUUGACUGGAGAGGAGCAAUGUUGUUAAACCCUGUGUUUCAUAGGGUAAAUAAUCACUGUUUUAAAAAGACUACUUUACAUUGGAGAAUUCCAGGCCAAACACUAAGCAUCAUGGGAGUUUAUUCUUGUUGUAAAUCUUAGUUUUUAAAAAAGUCUAAGAGUGUGGAUGCCCUUUCUGGUGUAGCUGAAAAAGGGAGAAACUAUGACUUGUUUAGAUCCAAGUGCCUGGCACAGUGUGUGAUGUGUCUUUAGAAGGUGCUUGAAUUUAUUGUGCACUGUAGUACAAACAGUCACUGUUUGGUUUUAUUUUAAAAUCAGUAGUUUUGCAAUUUGUAUUUAAUUUUAAUUCCUGUUUUCUGAUAGCUUCUGCCUUUUUUUAUGCCAAGAGGCUAGACUAUGAAGAAUGGUGGGUGACGUAUCAUUUUCCCAUAAUGAAAUGUGCUACAGAACACACUCAGUAUUUUUUUUUUCUUACUUUUUGUAACUAAAUAUUAGCUACCAAGCUAAAAUUGAUUCCUGCCUUAUACCUAUGGAGGUUUUUAAAAAAAACUUUCAAGGCCCUAGUUCCAGCCACAUCUGCUGCAGGUGCAGCCAACUCCAAUUCUGAAGGUAACCUGAAAAGUAUGAAUGUGUACAUGAUGAACAACAACUUGUUUUGUAUUUUCUUUAAUGUAGCAUUUCAUUUGGAAAGAUGGGUUGUGGUUGUCCCCGUUGCUGUAAUGGAGUUCUGUCCAUGGUCACAUAAAACCAUCAUUCUGUAAAAAAAACAAAAAAACUGCUAUGGUUACUGAAAUGGCACUUUGAUUUUAUGUGUUUGUUUUACAUGUACACACUACCAUAAAUUAAAAAUACCAAGCAUAUUCUGUGCUUUUAACGCUGAAGGGAAAAACCACAAUUUGAAUUAUGCAGAGUUUACUUUUUAUUGAUAUGAACUUGUUGUACUAAAUCUAAUGUCUGGAUAUAACUUCCCUAAUAUAUAUUGUUACUUAAAUAUAUAAAUUAGGUUGACCACUAACACAGUACUGGAUGUUAACAUCAAAUCCUAUGUUACAUCGAGAGGCUGUUCUUGUAAGUCUGUCUAAACAUUAUCUAGAAAGCUAAGAGUAUUUACUUGCCUCUGACAAAUAUUAACGUAUGUUAUUUGUGCCAGUUUCUUUGUUGAAAAUACUAUAUUUUUUUUUACUUUUUUAAUAAACGGUAUGACCUGAAGUUAUACAGUUGUCUAGAUAACAGUUAGACUGCGGAUGGCUGAUGGGUAAUGUGGAGGUACUUCCUGGUGUAAUGGGUGCAAGUUGCAAGCUACCGCACCAGUAGUAAUGGCACACUGUCCUCCUGACGCUGAGAAUUGAGAUUGGAGACUAAAAUGUCAAAAACUCAACAAGAAAAUUGAAAAAGGCUGUGAUUGUAAUGGGAUAUAGUUUGAAAACCUCAGUCUGAACCUGUGUUUUUAUCAUCUAGCCUGAUAAGCACUUUCUCUAGCAAUAUGUGCUAAAACUUAAAAUUGAAGUACUUUCCAGUUCUAUAAAAAUGUUAAAUAUACUAAAAUUGAUCAAAACUGAUAACGUAUGAUAACUUACCAGCUUUGCAGAAAGAUGCUUCUGACAAAAUAGAAACAGGUUUCUGGUUUCUAAUUGCAAGUGAAUGCUCCUAGUUUACUGAAAGUUCUAAGUAAUGUAGCAUCCUGUGGUUGCCAAAGUGUGUCAACUUUGGUGAGCUGCACAGUUGUUUUUCUGGUGUCUUCAAAUAUUGGAACCAAAGGCCAAAUUGCAAGCAGCCUUUACAUUUUCAAGUGAAACUUCAUUUUAUUUGCAGAUACACUUGUAUGGUAGACUGUUUAAACUGUUAUAUGACUAUAUUUAUAUGCAUUAUAGUGACUGCAUCUACUGUUCAUGUUUAAACUAAGGAAACAAGAUGAAAUCAUUCAACUUGAAGCAAAUAGAAAAGUUUAAAGAUUGGCCCUCCAUAAAAAUGCUGUGGUUAUGCUGCUUGAUUUUAAUUUUGCACUUUUUUAUUGGCAUUUUAAAAAACUGUUUAAACUGAACAGAAGUUUGUAUUUUAUUUAAUUUAACUACGUUGAAAGUGACUGCUCUGUACAUCAUGGACUUAACAAUAUACAUGCUGUAAAUGAAAGUUCACUGUCCUGUAUACUAAGUUUAUCGGGGUUUUUUUUUCCAACUUACAGUUAGGACUGCAAAUGUAUGAAACACACCUUAGUCCAGUUGUAUGGCUUUAACCAGGUGCAGUAUGCAGUCAUGUGGAAUCUUGCUUUCUAGUGCUGGCAAAACGAGGACGUCUUUAAUUACUGGCUUCAAUAAACACGAAUCCAGACUGCUUUA